CAGGCCGAACAGGGCAGCAGCAAAAAAAAACUACAUCAAUUAUUGUGACGUGGUUGAAAAUUUAGGACCGAGGAAAAGUGUUUCGUUUGUCCGGCACAAAAUUGCAUUAGAUUUCGUUGAAAAAUCCAUCCCCGCACGGUGCAGCUGGUGGUAUUGUGAAGCCGCAAAGAUAACGCACACACCAGCCCGGUCCCGGUUAUCAGGAUGAGCUCGUUUAAGCGAGAUAACAAGGAGGAAGAUGACGGUGGCAAUCCGUGGCAAAACCUGGAGAAGACGUCGGUGCUGCAGGAGACGCGAAUGUUCAACGAGACGCCGGUGAACGCACGCAAAUGUACACACAUCCUCACCAAGAUUCUGUACCUGCUCAAUCAGGGUGAGGUGCUGGGCACCCGGGAAGCGACGGAGUGUUUCUUCGCGAUGACGAAGCUGUUCCAAUCGAAGGACGUCGUGAUGCGUCGCAUGGUGUACCUCGGCAUCAAGGAGCUGAGCCCGAUCGCGGACGACGUGAUCAUUGUGACGAGCUCGCUGACGAAGGACAUGACCGGGAAGGAGGAUCUGUACCGUGCGCCGGCCAUCCGCGCCCUGUGCAGCAUCACGGACAGCACGAUGCUGCAGGCGGUGGAGCGCUACAUGAAGCAGUGCAUCGUCGACCGGAACGCGCCCGUGUCGAGCGGUGCGCUCGUUAGCUCGCUCCAUCUGGCCAGCACGGCCGGGGAGGUGGUGAAGCGCUGGGCCAACGAGGCGCAGGAAGCGCUGAACAGCGACAACAUUAUGGUGCAGUACCAUGGGCUCGGGCUGCUCUACCACAUCCGCAAGGCGGACCGGCUCGCCGUCACCAAGCUGGUGAACAAGCUGACGCGCCAGCACUUGCGCAGCCCGUACGCCACCUGCUUCCUGAUUCGCAUUGCGUGCAAAAUCAUGGAGGAGGAGGACGCGAGCGGCAACGCAACCGAAGACUCGCCGCUGUUCAACUUCGUCGAGUGCUGUCUGCGCAACAAGUCCGAGAUGGUGGUGUACGAGGCGGCCCACGCCGUCGUCAAUCUGAAGCGCACGAAUCCGCGCGAACUGUCGACCGCGGUCAGCAUACUGCAGCUGUUCUGCGGCUCGUCGAAGGCCACGCUCCGCUUUGCGGCCGUGCGCACCAUGAACAAGGUGGCGAUGCUGCACCCGCCCGCCGUCAACGUGUGCAAUCUCGAUCUGGAGGGGCUGAUUGCCGACUCGAACCGGUCGGUGGCGACGCUCGCCAUCACCACGCUGCUGAAGACGGGCGCGGAAAGCUCGGUCGAGCGGCUGAUGAAGCAGAUCGCCACGUUUGUGGCGGAAAUUUCGGACGAGUUCAAGCUGGUGGUGGUGCAGGCGAUCCGCUCGCUGUGCACCAAGUUCCCGCGCAAGCACGCGGUCACGAUGAACUUCCUGAGCGGGAUGCUGCGCGAGGAGGGCGGGCUGGAGUAUAAAACGUCGAUCGUCGACACGAUCAUACUGAUCAUUGAGGAGAACCCGGACGCGAAGGAGGCGGGCCUGGGGCAUCUGUGCGAGUUCAUCGAGGAUUGUGAGCACACGUCGCUGGCGGUGCGAAUACUGCACCUGCUCGGCAAGGAGGGCCCCUACUCGAAGUGCCCGUCGCGCUACAUCCGCUUCAUCUACAACCGGGUCAUCCUGGAGAAUGCGACCGUGCGGGCGGCGGCCGUCGCUGCCAUCGCACAGUUCGGUGCCUGCUGUCCGGAUCUGCUGCCGAACGUGCUGGUGCUGCUGAACCGCUGCCAGAUGGAUUGCGACGACGAGGUGCGCGAUCGGGCCACCUACUACUACACCAUCCUGAACCAGUCGAACCCGGAGCUGAACAAGCGGUUCAUUGCCGACCACGAGAUCGUAUCGCUGCCACUGCUGGAAAAGUCACUGAACGAACAUCUGAAGGGUCCGCUGGCCGAGCGGUUCGAUCUGUCGAUCGUGCCAAAGUCGCAGGUCGUCCAGCCGGAGGUGAACGAGGAGGUGAUGAUCAUGAACAAAGCGGCACCAAAAAUUGCACGCGUCAAUCGCGAAGAGGUUAACACGGAGAAGCUGCUGGCCAUCCCGGGCAUCCAUCAUGUCGGCGCGCUGCACAAAUCCUGCGCUCCGGUGCAGCUGACCGAAAGCGAAACCGAGUACACGGUGUCCUGCAUCAAGCACUGCUUCGCGCAUCACAUCGUUUUCCAGUUUGACUGUGUCAACACCCUGUCCGAUCAGCUGCUGGAGAAUGUGCGCGUCGAUCUGGAGCUGCCGGAAGGGUUCGUGUCGCGUGCCGUCAUACCGUGUGCGAAGCUGCCGUACGGUGACAAAGAAUCGACCUACGUUAUCGUUCAAUUCCCCGAAGACGUGCCCAGCUCGAUCGCCACACUGGGUGCCACAUUACGCUUUUUGGUAAAGGAUUGCGAUCCGGCCACCGGUCAGCCCGAUUCGGACGAAGGCUACAACGAUGAGUACAUACUGGAGGACAUUGAGGUCACCGUGGCGGAUCAGAUGCAGAAAUCCAAGAAGCAAAACUUCCUCGCCGCGUGGGAAAGUGCCGAUACGGAGGAAUGGGUCGAAGCGGAAGACACGUUCGAGCUGUCGUCGGUGACCAGUUUGCAGGAUGCCGUCAACACGAUCCUUAAAUUCCUUGGCCUAGCGCCGGCGAACCUGUCCGAGAACGUGCCGGAUGGUGCUCAUACCCAUACGUUACUCUGCUCUGGCACGUUCCGUGGUGGUGUUGAGGUGCUCGUCCGCUCCAAGCUGGCCGUGGCCGAUGGUGUCACAAUGCAGCUGACAGUUCGGUCGACGGAUAUGGACGUGGCGGAACUAAUUACAUCCGCAGUAGGCUAAGCAAACCACACACACCCACACACAUACAUGCGAGACAUACGACAGCUUCUAGACAGUCUGACACGAUACAGAACCUCCCCUCUCCACAGGGCCCUCCACCCCCCCUUUUCCAACACGUGUGGGGCUUUUACUGGGGGUCAUUAGACUUUAAACGGUUGUAGAAAACGCGCACGAAAAGCAAAGGGACACGCAUGUCGUCCCACGUGCUCUGUGCUGUUGCCGGCUGUCGACGGCUCUUAUUACUUCAUUCCGUGCAUUAUAAUAUCCCAAAACGCGUGAGCCUUCGCGCAUGAAACUAGCAGCAAACGAAACACAAACAAGCAAGGAAACAAAAGUGUGGAAUAUAUUUUUAACUUACGUUACAUCUAGCGACAGAAACGAAGCAGACAUUGAAGUGGUGCGCGAUGCAGGAAGCGUGUGUUAUCGUACGAAUUUCGUUAAGUCCUUUUUUAAAGGAAACUGAAUAGCAAACACUUGCUUCAAGCUUCCUCGAACCACAUCCACACAUCGAGAACAGUUCUUUUUUUAUCCGCCACUUUUGCUUUCAACAAACAACACCAAAACGAGAGAGAGGCACGGAGGCAUCGUGAACAUACAUAUAUUUUGUGAACAAAGUGCUUUGUUUGUUAAGGCGCAUUUGCCGCGACCGGGUUGGAUCUGGAGCUCACUUACACUUAAGCUGGUCCAUUCGGCCGGAUCAUACACCUUAGCUCUCCUCCGUUUCGCACCAUCUCCCAUUGUCCCGGGCCAGCAAUUUCCACGGCUUUCUUUUUUUUCUUCCCGCAAAAGGGGCGCACGUGUAUGUGAAUAUGUAUUAAUUAGUAUAAUCUGAGGAAACCCAACACGAGGAACAAUAAUAAAGAAGCAUGUUUACUUUUGUUUUCUUUAA